AUGGAACUGAGCAUUACGACCAUCGGUGCCAUGGGCGCGGGUGUCGGCGUGCUUGUCGUCGGUCUUACAGUCUUUAUCGUUAUACUUCUCGUCCGAGCACAUCGAGAGCACAAACGCCAUAUGGCGGACCUAGAAGAGCGAGGAUACGCGAUCGUACAAACCCGAAAAGUCGCGAAACGAAAUUCAAUUACAAAGCCACGAGCAGUACUCAGGCGAGAUACAAUCCUACCUUUCAAUUCGAAGUCGGGUUGGGGCAAUCUCACAUCGGUGGAGACAAUCGAUCCACCUGAGCCGCCAUCUUUCCCUCCGCAUUAUGCGCCUCUAAAACCUGCGGGCUUUGUGCCGAAGCCAAAGAGACUGUCGUGGCCAUUCUUAGGGCGCCGAGUGUCGGGCAGGGCAAUUCCCAUGAGGAAGAUCAGGGUUCCUGUGCUCUCCACAGUUCUCGAAAGUCCGAAACCUUCGCCUUUGGUUCCCGUCCUCAGUGGACCACGGGAAGAACCCUCAUCGCCACGAAAGAGCAACAGUCGCCCUUCCUCAGACCAAUCGCUUCUGCAGCAUCACCCUGCUCUUCGUAAUCAAGAGCAGUCAGCGGAGCCACCCCACGAUCAGGCCCUUUCCGAGCCUCUUCGACGCAGCUUGACCGCCAAGCCUGUACCGAAAACAGAGAUCUAUACGCGACCAGUCCGGUCCCAAUCUCUGGCAGAUAUUCGGAACAGUAGUAAGCCUGGGAGCAUGACUAGGUUCGCGCGGCCACAGCUUCAUGAGAGGUCGGUGAGCACUUCUAGCCAGGCUUCGGGAAACCCCCCAGAUGCCGGGCUACCCAUCCUUCCCUUGGAAAUUGCGCGAAUCAAAUCAGAGGCUCGCAGGCGUAGUGUUCUGAGCCGGAGCCCGUCGCGUCAGUCCAAUUCGAGCUACGAGUCAGCAGGAAGCUCGAUUCUUGCUGUACAACCAAGUCCGAUACUGCGUUCGCCGAAUAGUCGAGUGCAGAAGGUGGCUAGGCGGGAUAUGAGGAACUGUACGAUUGUCGGCCCACGACCUUUUCGCGACACGCUGACGCUUCAUGGCAAGAACAACCCGUCUCAAGGCUCGAUCAAGAGCAGUACAGCGCGAUUCAGCUCGGCAACGUCUGCUACACAGGCCGAAAAACAAGGUUCGCUACUUCCCAACUCUUCAAGCCUACAUUCUAUCGCGACGGUGAAGACAGCGGAGUCUGUCAAUCUCAGCAAGUUGUCAUCCCCUGUACCCAGCGCGUUCGCGAUACGAAACUCAACAACGCCAAAACGCAGGUCAGGCUCCUAUGUUACUCCUUAUGGUUCUCCGGAAAACCGACGAAGCCGCUCAUCUAUGUUGCAAAACGUGUCUGGAAACCAGAGCGGUCCCAAGCGCGAGCUAUCACAAACUUCUACGCGGGCUUCGUCUACGCGAAGCAGCAACGAUAAUCCGUUCCAGUGGGAUCCGGCGCCUGUGUCUGCCGGAAAACCUUCAGCUCUGAAGGGUAGCCCCAGUGCUCGUAAGCCCGGACACAAGAGACAGAAUUGUGUCCGUAUUUCGUUGAUACCUACCUUGCUUGGACCUCAAAGCCGUUCCCCGAGCCCUGCCAUUCACGACAUCGCUGAAGAGUCGCCACAAGCCAGUUUCGAGAGGGUACAAAAUGUUGGGCUUGGUUUCUCGAGCACGAGGUCCCUGCCAUCGCCUCCCAGUACUUCGAUCUUCGCACCUGAGCUCAAAUUCAAUGCGACCAGCAUUCGUGCCUCACUUGCCGCGAGUUCGCCGACAUUGCCAAUGGCGAAUUUCGACCACGGUCCAAUAGGUACCCCGAUCAAAACACAAGCCAAGGCAAUCUUCCCCGACGCAUUUCAGUAUGAUGUACAAAGAAUGAGCACAGGCUCAGUUUUCAGUCUCUCAACGUUUCCAAGCCCUGGCCACAAUUUCCCACAAUCUAACGUCAUGAUAUCGCCUCCUCCUAUGUUUGCUUUGUCGCCGCCAUCCAAUGAUUAUGCAGAUGAUGGGAGGCCAUACGAUGAAAUGGCGAUGGUCUCAUCUCCAUUCGAAGUGCUCCUCGACAUUAACUCUUCCCCGGGAAGGCCACUCAUCCUGGAUCAGUACGACACUGAAGACCCUUACCUCGUCCAUCAAACACCAACAACUAAUCUAACGCGCAAUUUCUCAUCUCCCUUCUCUACGAUUUUCGAAGAACCUUGCCCGAACCCGGAAAGCUAUGAGCAACUCAAAUCAGACGACUCACCACCUUGUUCACCGAAAAGCAUGCCAUCGGGUUCUUGUUCCAAUCUCCGCGACCGUGCGGCGUACAACUUACCCAUAAGGGACACUGCCAUUCCCGAAGAGCCUUUGGAAACCAUCGACCCUGCUAUUCUAAGCAAAGACGCGUUCACCAGUCUGAACAGUCCUUUCGACAACAGGAGCGGCAGCACCACCACAGACGCAAGUGCCGACCGAAAGAGCAUGACUAUGCCUACAAGUGCCACCAAGGCAAUGUAUUCGACGCAGCCGCUCUUAGACGCCGCAUUUCAAUCUAGUCCCCCCGUCCAGAACACCGAUGUACCUUCAGUAACGCACGCACAACACGACUCUAUGGUCUUUGAGCCAUCCAGCCUAUUUAUCCCAUCUUCACCUACCUCGAUCUGCUCAUCCCCUUCGCCAUCUCCACUGCUUCCCAAGGCUCCCAGCUCCCCUCGCCCAGCACACGCUCAGCUCCCCACCCUAACGCCCACUCUAAACUUCGCCGCCGUUCCAACACUAGCACCGAGCGGACCCCGCGGGCCUCCCGCACGUUCGCUCCGAAGUUCCAUUCAAACCCUCCGCCGGAUGAACUCCGACACGAAGAAAGGAAGCAAAGCCGAGCGACGCUACGCUAAUCUCGGGCGCGAGGACAGCAUCGCGCUACCAGGCGAGGAGAGCUGGUUGGAAGAUCUCGACAAGUACGAAGAUGAAAACGAAGAGGAGGAGAUGUGGGAUGAGGAGAAGGGGAGGGCGUUGGUAGGUGAUCUGGGGUUCGAUUGGGAGGAAGACGUGGACAGAGGCGCCUCGGUGCUGGAUCUGUAUACUGACCCCGCGCUUACUUCUAUUCCGGAGAGCACGAUAUCUGCGUCUUCGACUCUUAGUAUCAACAGCGACGAGACGGUGAUCAACGGACCAAAAGCGUCGCAGACGGGGCCUUCCAGCACCCCCGCCCGCGACCGUGGCUCCUGCAUUUGGGAAGAUGGCGAGAAGUUCUGGGGGAGCACGUCUCCACUGAACUCCCCCAACAAGCCGGCCAACCGCUUUUUGCCACUUUCUUCCUCGCCUGUAUCCACACGCUCAGGUAGGAAGCGUGCGUUCGAGGUCGCGAAGGACGAGGUCCCCGCGCAAGAAGAUGCGGAUCUCGAUACUAAAGACAAACGACAAUCACAGCGGGACAGUGGCAGGUUCCGGAAGAGAAGCGUGCUGGGUGUGGGCACGCCGAAUGUAAAGAUCAAUGUUGUCCCGCCGAGUAGCGGGGGGUUAGAGGGGACGCCGGGGAGUUUGUAUGAUGGUGAUGGGUUCUUAAGGGGAUGA